AUGGUUGUGUUGGCUGGCAUCCCGAUGGAUUCCGCUGCCAUCAUGUCAUCAGUGCUGGAAGGCAUUUUAUACGGAUUUUCAGUCCUCAUGUACCUAGGUACCAUCUGGACAUUCACCUAUACACAACACAUGCAGGAUGUCAAUCGGCCAAUUGCUGUGGUUGCCUCCCUACUGUUCAUGUUGAGCACCGCGCACAUAGUCGUAAAUAUUAUUCAUGUUGAACGUGGACUGGUGGAGUAUCGUGACACCUUCCUUGGCGGGCCAAUAGCAUUUUUCGCAGACGUCACUCAAACUACAUUUGUGACCAAGAAUGCGAUAUAUACCUUGCAAACUCUGCUUGGCGACGGGGUAGUGAUUUAUCGAUGUUACGUCGUCUGGCAAUCUGUCUGGGUCAUUAUCAUACCAUGCAUGAUGUGGUGUGGUGUCGCAGCGUCUGGCGUUUGUUCGGUCUACUACUUUUCUCGAGCGUCGAUGGCCGAAAUCGAAAAUUUCUUCGGUACUAGGAUUGGCCAUUGGGUCGCUACUUUCCUUGCUUCCACGCUUGCAACUAAUAUGUUGAGUACUGGAUUACUAGCGUAUCGCAUUUGGACGAUCGAACGCAAGGUCUCCGUGAUCUGCACUACGAAGCGCAAAGUACCUAUAUUCCGCGUGCUUAUAGAUGCUGCUGUUUUGUACUCUGCGGCGCUUAUCUCAUCAUUAAUAUGUUUUUCCCUCUGGAACGAUGGACUGGUCGUAAUGGGAGACCUGAUUGUCCCGAUCGUCUCGAUUGCCUUCUACAUGGUAUUUAUUCGCAUCACGACCAGUAAAAGCAAACAAUAUCACCUCUCGAAUGUCGGUAGAGGGACCACUGAGACAGAACGAAGCAGAUUGCAACAACAUCCCAUGCAGCCGUUGAUACACAGGCCGAAUGAUUCCAAAUACUCCUUGGGUGUUAGCUCGAAAACAGAUCUAGAGACACAUCCAUCAUAA